AUGGCAGCAGCCGCGGCGCUAGAGAGCGUGCACGCCAUACAGCGCAACGACAGUCUGGUGGACCUGUCGGCGCAGCAGCUGGUGGACUGCGACACCGGCAACGCUGGCUGCAGAGGCGGCUUCGCUUUCAAGGCGUUCAAUUACAUCAUCAGCAACGGCGGCCUCGCGUCCGAAGCCGCCUACCCGUACAGGGGAUGGCGCGACACAUGCCAGGCCGCCGCCAACUCCCCCCUCGUGGCCAUGGCCGGGUUCAACCGGGUCGCGGCGUUCUUGGAGUUCGAUCUGAUGUUUGCAGUGAAGUUCGUUCCUGUGGUGGUUGCCGUGGACGGCUCCGACGAUUCCUUCAAGAACUACGCCGGCGGCGUGUACCGAGGACCGUGUGGUCACUCGCUGAACCACGAGAUGCUUCUCGUUGGGUACGGCACCACCGACGACUGGGAUUACGAUUACUGGAUCGUCAAGAACAGCUAUGGAGAAGGUUGGGGCGAGAACGGCUACAUGCGGAUGCAACGCAACAUCAACCGCGAUACAGAAGAUUCCUUGGGUAUGUGCGGCAUCCUUCUGGAUAGCAUUUACCCCUACAUGGAAUGGAUUGACUACCCCUAG